CGUGUGCGUGCGUGCGGGAGCCUGGCUGCAUCGCGCGUUUGCUGCGGAGCGGAGUGUGGGGAACUGCAGGAAAAUGUUGACUUAGACCCAGAAGACCCUCCCGGCCGGCUGCGUGGAGAAGAAGCCGCCCCUGCUCUGCGCUGCCCCAGCCCUCCGAGCCGCAGCGCCGGCUGCCGCCCGCUCCCGCCCCAGCCCGCCGCCCGCCCGCUCCCGCGCCGCCGCCGGGGCCCCGGGACUAACUCUGCCGCGAUCUCCCGCAGCCCCGCGCUCGGCGGGCUGACCCGGACCGCCGGUCCCGCCGGGGACACAGACGCCGGCCCGCCUUCGGCUCCCAGACAUAGGUAUGAAGAUGAAUAAUGCAGACCACUGGUUUCGAUGAUGCUGGGCUUUUAUAACUGGAUUCAUUAAGGAAUACAAAGAAAAUUCUUACAGGGAUCAAUAAUGGUGUCUUCUGGCUGCAGAAUGCGAAGUUUUUGGUUUCUGCUCAUUAUCAGCUUCCUGCAGUGUACUGAAGGUUUCAGCCGAGCAGCUCUACCGUUUGGUUUGGUGAGGAGGGAGCUCUCCUGCGAAGGCUACUCCAUCGACCUGCGGUGUCCAGGCAGCGAUGUUAUCAUGAUAGAAAGUGCGAACUACGGACGGACAGACGACAAGAUCUGUGAUGCUGACCCUUUCCAGAUGGAGAACACAGAAUGCUUCCUUCCAGAUGCCUACAAAAUUAUGACACAAAGGUGCAACAACCGAACACAGUGUAUAGUAGUUACUGGGUCAGAUGUGUUUCCUGAUCCUUGUCCUGGAACAUACAAAUAUCUAGAAGUUCAGUAUGAAUGUGUUCCUUACAUUUUUGUUUGCCCGGGGACGUUGAAAGCAAUUGUGGACUCACCGUAUUUAUAUGAAGCUGAACAAAAAGCAGGUGCUUGGUGCAAAGAUCCUCUCCAGGCUGCAGAUAAAAUAUACUUCAUGCCAUGGACUCCGUAUCGCACGGAUACUUUGAUAGAAUAUGCUUCUUUAGAGGACUUCCAGAACGGACGCCAGCAGACGACGUACAAACUCCCAAACCGAGUGGAUGGUACUGGAUUUGUAGUGUAUGACGGCGCUGUCUUUUUCAACAAGGAAAGAACUCGGAACAUAGUAAAAUUUGACUUGAGGACUAGAAUUAAGAGUGGAGAGGCCAUAAUCAAUUAUGCUAAUUACCAUGACACCUCUCCAUACCGAUGGGGAGGAAAGACUGAUAUUGACUUGGCAGUUGAUGAAAACGGCUUGUGGGUAAUUUAUGCUACGGAGCAAAACAAUGGGAUGAUAGUAAUUAGCCAGCUGAACCCUUACACUCUGCGCUUCGAAGCCACCUGGGAAACGACCUACGACAAGCGGGCAGCAUCCAAUGCUUUCAUGAUCUGCGGUGUCCUGUACGUGGUGCGGUCGGUGUAUCAGGACAACGAGAGCGAGACCGGCAGGAACGCCAUCGAUUACAUCUACAACACCAGGUUAAGCAGAGGCGAGCACGUGGACAUUCCUUUUCCCAACCAGUACCAGUACAUCGCCGCAGUGGAUUACAACCCCAGAGACAACCAGCUGUAUGUGUGGAAUAACAACUUCAUUCUGAGAUACUCCUUGGAGUUUGGCCCACCUGAUCCUGCCCAAGUGCCUACCACAGCAGUGACAAUAACUUCUUCAGCAGAGCUUUACAAAACCACAGUGUCAACCACUAGCACUACAUCACAGAGAGGUCCCAUAAGCACAACAUCAGCUGGAGGAACAAAGGAAGGAAGCAGAGGACCCAAACCACCACCACCCAUUUCCACAACCAAAAUUCCUCCUGUGACAAGUUUUUUCCCUUUGCCAGAGAGAUUCUGUGAACCAACUGAGGCCAGGGGGAUUAGCUGGCCUCAAACACAAAGAGGAAUGAUGGUUGAACGCCCUUGCCCCAAAGGAACACGAGGAACUGCCUCGUAUCUCUGCGUGGUCUUAACGGGAAUGUGGAACCCCAAAGGCCCUGAUCUUAGCAACUGUACCUCACACUGGGUAAAUCAGCUGGCUCAGAAGAUCAGAAGUGGAGAAAAUGCUGCUAGUCUGGCCAAUGAACUGGCUAAACACACCAAAGGACCGGUCUUUGCUGGUGAUGUUAGUUCAUCAGUGAGGCUGAUGGAACAGCUCGUGGACAUUUUGGAUGCUCAGCUUCAGGAACUACGGCCCAGUGAAAAAGACUCUGCUGGAAGGAGUUAUAACAAGCUCCAAAAACGAGAGAAGACGUGCAGGGCUUACCUUAAGGCAGUUGUGGAUACAGUGGACAACUUGCUCAGGCCUGAAGCUCUGGAGUCCUGGAAGGACAUGAAUUCUUCAGAACAAGCCCACGCAGCCACAAUGUUACUUGAUACGUUAGAAGAAGGGGCUUUUGUCUUGGCUGAUAACCUUGUAGAACCAAGUAGAGUCUCAAUGCCCACAGAAAAUAUUGUUUUGGAUGUUGCAGUGCUUUCUACUGAGGGCCAAGUGCAGGACUUGCGAUUUCCUCAGGCUGGUAAAGGAGGCAACUGGAUUCAGCUCUCUGCACGAACCAUGAAACAGAACAGCAGGAACGGAUUAGCCAAACUGGUUUUCAUUAUUUACAAAAGCUUGGGUCGUUUCCUCAGUACUGAGAAUGCAACCAUAAAGUUAGGCAGUGACUUGGCGGGGCAGAACAGCACGAUCGCCGUCAACUCCCACGUCAUCGCCGCUUCCAUCAACAAGGAGUCGAGCCGGGUGUACCUGACUGAUCCCGUGCAUUUCACACUGGAACACAUCGAUCCUGACAAUUAUUUCAAUGCAAAUUGUUCCUUCUGGAACUACUCAGAGAGGACUAUGAUGGGAUACUGGUCAACUCAAGGCUGCAAACUGGUUGACACAAAUAAAACUCAUACAACAUGUGCUUGCAGUCACCUCACCAACUUCGCAAUUCUUAUGGCUCGUCGGGAAAUUGUGUACAAAGAUGGAGUGCACGAAUUGCUCCUCACUGUCAUCACCUGGGUGGGAAUUGUCAUCUCUCUUGUUUGCCUGGCCAUCUGCAUCUUCACAUUCUGUUUUUUCCGUGGCCUGCAAAGUGAUCGUAACACUAUUCACAAGAACCUUUGUAUCAACCUAUUCAUUGCUGAGUUCAUUUUCCUAAUAGGCAUCGAUAAGACAGAGUACAAGAUUGCAUGUCCAGUUUUUGCAGGUCUCUUACACUUUUUCUUCCUGGCAGCCUUUGCCUGGAUGUGUCUAGAAGGAGUGCAGCUUUAUCUAAUGUUAGUAGAAGUAUUUGAAAGUGAAUAUUCUAGAAAGAAGUACUAUUAUGUUGCUGGCUACCUCUUCCCUGCUACAGUAGUUGGUGUCUCAGCAGCUAUUGACUAUAAGAGCUACGGAACAGAGAAAGCUUGCUGGCUACACGUAGAUAACUACUUUAUCUGGAGUUUCAUUGGACCUGUUACUUUUAUUAUUCUGCUGAAUCUUAUCUUCCUGGUGAUCACAUUGUGCAAAAUGGUGAAGCACUCAAACACUUUGAAACCAGACUCUAGCAGGUUGGAAAACAUUAAUAAUUACCGUGUUUGUGAUGGCUACUAUAAUACGGACUUACCUGGCUAUGAAGAUAAUAAGCCAUUUAUCAAAUCCUGGGUCCUGGGUGCAUUUGCUCUCCUGUGUCUCCUUGGCCUAACAUGGUCAUUUGGUCUGCUGUUUAUAAAUGAGGGGACCGUUGUGAUGACAUAUCUCUUCACAGUAUUUAAUGCUUUCCAAGGAAUGUUUAUUUUCAUCUUUCAUUGUGCCCUUCAAAAGAAAGUACGUAAGGAAUAUGGGAAGUGCUUCCGACAUUCCUACUGCUGUGGAGGACUUCCAACUGAGAGUCCCCACAGUUCAGUGAAGGCAUCAACCACGAGAACUAGUGCUCGCUAUUCUUCUGGCACUCAGAGUCGGAUAAGGAGGAUGUGGAAUGACACUGUGAGAAAACAAUCGGAAUCAUCUUUUAUCUCAGGUGACAUCAACAGCACUUCAACACUUAAUCAAGGAAUGACUGGCAAUUACCUACUAACAAACCCUCUUCUUCGACCACACGGCACUAACAACCCCUAUAACACAUUGCUCGCAGAAACAGUUGUAUGUAAUGCCCCUUCAGCUCCUGUGUUUAACUCACCAGCAACCUACAGAGAGACAAGACAUUCACUGAACAAUGCCAGGGAUACAAGUGCCAUGGAUACUCUACCGCUAAAUGGUAAUUUCAACAACAGCUACUCAUUGCGCAAUGGAGACUAUAACGACAGCGUGCAAGUUGUAGACUGUGGACUAAGCCUGAAUGAUACAGCUUUUGAGAAAAUGAUCAUUUCAGAGUUAGUGCACAACAACCUGCGGGGCAGCAGCAAGAACCACAACCUGGAGCGGGCGCUGCCAGCCAAGGCUGUGAUCGGCGGGAGCAGUAGCGAAGAUGACGCCAUCGUGGCAGACGCCUCAUCUUUGAUGCACAGUGACACCCCCGGGCUGGAGCUCCACCACAAGGAGCUGGAGGCCCCACUCAUCCCUCAGCGGACUCACUCCCUUCUGUACCAGCCCCAGAAGAAAGUGAAGACCGAGGGAACUGACAGCUACGUCUCACAGCUGACAGCCGAGGCUGACGACCACCUCCAGUCCCCCAACAGAGACUCUCUUUACACGAGCAUGCCCAACCUCAGAGACUCUCCCUAUCCAGAGAGCAGCCCCGACGUUGAAGAAGACCUCUCUCCUUCCAGGAGGAGUGAAAAUGAGGACAUUUACUACAAGAGCAUGCCAAACCUAGGAGCUGGCCAUCAGCUUCAGAUGUACUAUCAAAUCAGCAGGGGUAAUAGCGACGGCUAUAUCAUUCCCAUUAACAAAGAAGGAUGUAUUCCGGAAGGAGAUGUUAGAGAAGGACAAAUGCAACUAGUGACAAGCCUUUAAUAGUGUAGCAAAGAAAUAUUAAAGGCCACGUUCAAGUAUUAAAAAGACUUAAUUGGCCCUGUGCAGGCUCCCUCAUAUCUGCUCGAAGAGACAAUUCUGUUGACUCUGUGGUUCUCCAGUAACAGGGAUGACUGGACCUCGCAGUUCUGUGAAUUUUUAUAAAACAAAAACUUUGUAUAUACACAGAGUAUACUAAAAUGAAUUAUUUGUUACAAAGAAAAGAAAUACCAACAAGGUAUUUACGAUAUCUUCUGCUGCUGAAUUUAACAAAAUUGUGAAAAAAAGAGAAAUAAACACUUUCCAGCCAUUUUAUUGCAGCAGUUUGUGAACUAAAUUUGUAAAUAUGGCUGCACCAUUUUUUUUUCCUAGGCCUACAUUGUAUUAUAUACAAGGCGUAGGCUUUAAAAUCCUGUGGGACAAAUUUACUGUACUUUACUGUUCCUGACAAGACUUGCAAAAGCAGGAGAGAUAUUCUGCAUCAAUUUGCAGUUCACUGCAAAUCUUUUCCAUUAGGGCAAAGAUUGAACACAUGUCUAACCACUAGCAAUCAAGCCACAGGCCUUAUUUCAUAUAUUUCCUCAACUGUACAAUGAACCGUUCUCAUGAAAAAAUGGCUAAAGAAAUUAUAUUUUGUUCUAUUGCUAGGGUAAAAUAAAUACAUUUGUGUCCAACUGAAAUAUAAUUGUCAUUAAAAAAUAAUUUUAAAGAGUUUGAAGAAUAUAUUGUGAAAAGCUCUUGGUUGCACAUAUGUUAUAAGCUGUUUUUCUUACACUGUUCAUAGUACGAUAGUUUGUUUAAAAUGCAAGUUCUACCUGUUUUCACUUAUUUUUUCACUGUAAACAGUGUUCUGCUUUGACAAGUUAGUUUUUAUUAAGUUUUGAAUUUUUAUUGCCAAAAAAACCAUAAUUUGGGGAGAAAGUUGUUUUAGAAACCAAUUAUGCCAAGCCUUGCACAAAUUUGGUGUAGCUAACAAAGAUUGUAACUCAAUUCCCUGUUCAUUCUUUAAUCAGGGUUGGGUGGUAAGGGGUAAAGGGGACAUUGGACACUUCUCACAAGCUUUCUCGUGAAUAAAAGGUGCCUGUCCUUUAAAAAAAAUAAAUAAAACAUAACUAUAACUCUUCCAUAUUCCUUCCGCCUAUAUUUAGUAAUUAAUUUAUUUUAUGAUAAAAAAAUCAAAUGAAAUGUAAAUUGUUUCAACAAAAUUCUUCUUUUUUCAUCCCUUUGUGUAAACCUGUUAAUAAUGAGCCCAUCACUAAUACCCAGUGUAAAGUUUAACACCUGUUUGACAGUAAAUAAAUGUGAAUUUUUUUCCAAA